AUGGGAAAACUUGCACCAUUAUCAGAAGAACCAAUCAAUGAAGAAGAUGAAGAAACCAAUAACUCAAAGAAAGGCUUUCAGUCAUGGAGGAAUUGGAACUGGAUCAAGACACACUUCACCCUUGUCUUCAACAAAAAGUCCAACCUCAAGAUCCUCCUCAGUGUUCUGGGUUGCCCUCUCUUCCCUGUCCCUGUUCACCCCAAACUACCCUUCAAUGAGUUGUCAUCGUCGGCACAGUAUAUUAUACAACACUUCACGGCGGCGACAGGGUGCAGGAAGUUGGAGGGGACAGUGAAAAAUGUUUUUACUACGGGGAAAGUGGCAAUGGUUGUGGUGGAUGAGUUAAAAUCCACUGCUGGUGGUGGUGGUGGUUUUAAUGGAGCUUCAGAAAGAGGGUGCUUUGUGAUGUGGCAAAUGGUUCCAGAUAAGUGGCAGAUGGAGCUAGUUGUUGGUGGUCAAAAGGUUCUUGCUGGUAGUAAUGGAAACAUUGCUUGGCGCCACACCCCUUGGCUUGGUGUGCACGCUGCUAAAGGUGGCGUGCGUCCUCUUCGCCGUGCUCUUCAGGGACUAGACCCUUUGGCAGUGUCUGCAGUAUUCUGUGCUGCACAAUACAUGGGGGAGAAGCAAAUCUCAGGCACAGAUUGUUUUGUGUUGAAACUAUCAGCAGAUCAGAAGGACCUUGUUGAACGCAGUGAUAACACAGCAGAGAUGAUUAAGCAUGCUAUAUUUGGUUACUUUAGCCAAAGAAGUGGGCUUUUGGUGUACUUGGAAGACUCUUACCUAACAAGGAUUCAAGUUCCAGGGACUAACCCCAUGUACUGGGAAACCACAAUGUCAACCAAAAUUGAAGAUUAUAGAGCAGUGGAUGGUGUGAUGAUUGCACAUGCUGGUUCAUCAACAGUGAUGAUUACCAGGUUUGGGGAUAACAUGAAGGCUGGACCAGCCAUUACAAGGUUGCAAGAGUCAUGGACUAUUGAUGAUGUUGCAUUCAAUGUCCCAGGGUUGUCAUUGGACUGUUUCAUACCACCGCAGGAACUACAUAAAGAUUAUCCAGAUGAGGAUUUAGAUUGGAGAUCACCCUUGCAUAGAUGA